AUGAUGAAAGACGAGAAGAAUAACUCCAAUCAACGCCAACUGGUGUUGAUAUCGGGACCAAGCGGGGUCGGGAAAUCUGCCUUGGCGCAUGAGCUCGAGGAACCCCUGGAAAAAGCCAAGGGCUUCUUCUUGACGGGCAAGUUUGACCUCAAUCAAGGGCAAGAACCCUACGCUGGCAUUGUUGCUGCUGUGAGGACACUUUGCAAUAUCCUUAUGGAUUCCCCUUUGUUCGCCCAAGUCCAACACAAGCUACAAGAGGAGCUGGGAAAUGACGCACACAUUUUGGUCCAGCUCGUGCCCCUCUUGUCCCCGAUGUUUGGAUGCAAUGACGCGACAACCAGGAGUCAGUCGCCUCGGGUCGGAGUCAAGGACGCUCAGAACCAGUUCCAUUUUGCCUUUGUCCGUUUUCUUCGUGUCAUCAGCUCAUUUGGGCCCAUUGUCCUCCUGAUGGAUGAUAUUCAAUGGAGUGAUAUCGCUUCCAUGCAACUUCUCGAAGUCUUGCUGACAGAUCGUAGUCUGGACAUGGACAACUUCAUGGUCGUUGGGUUGUACCGAAGCAACGAAGUCCAUGAGGGCCAUCUCGUGACCAAGUGGAUGCGAGAUGUAGACGAAUCAAAGGGGAUUGCGGUUCAAAAGAUUGUCUUGGGCAACCUGACGCAAACUCAUAUCAAUCAAAUGCUGGUAGACCUGUUGUCCGCAGACAGCAACCAAACGCAGGGUCUUUCUGAGAUUGUCUACAAAAAGACGGCGGGGAACGUCUUUUAUGUUCGGUAUUACCUCCAAUCGCUUGAGGAUGAAGAGCUUUUGAGGUUCAAUUUUGGGCUCAAUAAGUGGCUUUGGGACGAAGGAGAGAUUCGGGCCAGUACAAUCGCCACGGACAAUGUUGUGGACUUGAUGAAGGGCAAGCUGGCCAGGUUGCCUUCUGCUUUGCGGCAAAUACUUCCUCUUGCAGCAUUUCUUGGAACCAGCUUCUCUGAAGACAUAUUGACCCCACUUGUGGACCAACUUCCCAAUAUAGAAGAGUACCUUGUACAACAGUCCGAGAAGGAGCGUGUGGUCACAAACGGAGGGGAGGAAGGAUUACAUGACACAAAUGCUAAGCUUCGGCGCUGUGUGGACGUGGGACUUGUAGAAGAGCAUCCCCCCAAGAGCUACCAAUGGCUCCAUGACAAGAUUCAAGAGGCGGCUUUGAGUAUGAUUGCCCCUGAAAGGUUUUCCGAGCUGCAGUUUCGGGCAGGUGAAGCCCUUUGUGGGCAACUAGACCCUGUGCAAAUUGAAGAGCACAUAUUCGUCAUUGUGAACCUUCUAAAUGAACACGUUAGCCUCUACCUCCCCAAGCUGACAGAAGCCAAGAGGCUCAGAAUGGCGGGGCUCUACUUGUUGGCAGGAAAGAAAGCAAAUCAAUCAGCAUCGUUUGCUUCAGGGGGGGUGUACCUACGAAGAGGUAUCAAUCUGCUUCCAAAAGGACACUGGGAAAGCCAAUAUGCAAUCAGCCUGGAGUUGUUCUCUCUCGCAGCGGAGGCCGAGCUUGUCACUGGCGAGGUCGAAUACAUGGAGAGACACUGCAAUGAGGUCAUCGCGCAGGAGGACCGACCCAUUCAAGACAAGUUUCGUGCAUACUAUGCAUUGAUUGAGUCUAUCGGUGGUCGCAAUCGGCUGGAGGAGGCAAUAGAAAUGAUCCUUUCAGUCUUGGCGCAACUAGGCUGCACCUUUCCAAAAAGGGGACGGAAACUGGUCACUAUAGCGGGGCUGAUCAAAGUCAAGGCUACUAUUAAAGAUAGGACACCUGAGGAAAUAGCAAAGCAACAGCAAAUGACGGACCCAAAGAGGAUAGAAGCAAUGCGACUAAUGGACAAACUUGCUACCUUUGCAUACUACGCGAAGUCCGAGCUUCUCGCUUUGUCCAUCCUCAAACGUCUGAGCUGGACUAUAAAGUACGGAGUAUCUGCGUUUUCACCGCCAGCUUUCAGUCAAGUCGGUCUCAUUUUGUGUGGCAAACUGGGGGAUAUCCAAGGUGGGAAGGUCUAUGGCCAGCACGCGCUCUCGAUGAUUGACAAGUUCGAUUGCAGGGCAGUUGAAGCCCGAACAUACUUUGUAGCUCAUGCUACUGUCUUUCACUGGACCAUCCCUGUCCACGACUGUAUGAAGCCAGCGCUUCGGGCCUACGAGUCGGGGAUGGCCACCGGCGAUCUGGACAGUGCCUUUUGGGGGGUCUUCUUUCACCUGGAAUUCGCCUUCUAUGCGGGCCGCCCCCUGCAGUCAAUCGAGGCUGACUUUCGUUUCUUUACCAAGCGAAUGAAACAUCAAAAGCUUCUGGUGUACCAUUCUCAGAUCAGCUCUCUUGCCUGGGAAGGAAUCCUUCACCUGCUUGGUCGUUCAGAUGAUCCAACAGAACUGUGUGGGGAAGUUGUGACGCCUCAAUUUAUCUGUGACGCAGAAGGAAGACAGCAUGCCGGAGAACUUGCAAUGAUACAUCGAAUGCAGAUUUACCUGGCCUAUUGGUUUUGUGAUGAUGAGCGCGGUGCCGAGCUGGCUCUUCGCUACGGAGAGGAGCAUCCCACCGGCAGCCCGGGCAAUGUUGGCGUUGUCCAUGUUCGUGUUCACACGGCCGUGUUGUGCCUCUCGGCAGGACGCAAAACUGGAAACAAAAAGUAUAUCAAGUAUGGCCGCAAGGUGGCUCGGAUCGUCAAGUCUUGGGUGGAGAAGGGGUGCCCCAACGUUGUACAUUUUGAUGCCCUGUUGGAUGCGGAACGUUGCGCUCUUUCCAGAAAGAAUCACUUGGCUGUGAAGCACUUCGAAUGCGCAGCAUUGUUGGCCGCUCGGAGGGGCUUCAUUCAAGAUCAGGCCAUGAUCAACGAGCGCUUUGCCGAUUUUGCCCUUCACGUUAUGAAUGACGAACACGAGGCAGAGUAUCGUGCAAAGGAAUCUGAAAAGCUUUACAAUGAGUGGGGAGCGCUUGGAAAGGUGAAGCAAGUAAAAACUAAGCUCCGGCAAUUCUUCCGGGAGGAGAUACCUCCAAGUGAUGUUGUCGUCCAGGCUUGUGUCACUCCGGUCUACUGA